UAAUUACAACCAGAUGUUACAGAGAGGAGGGAGGCUGUAGCCCCUUUUAAGGUUUAUUUUAGAAAAGCUCCUCACAGGACGGUUACGGUCAGGCUCGGUCAGUUUUCGUGUCAAAGAGGUUCUGAGAAGGAAAGAUGAGUAAAGAGUAACGAGGAAAAAGAAAAAAGGGGCUGUGCGUUUUUCACUGAGCUCCAGGAAGUCCGAAACCGCUACGUUUGCAAAAAAAAAACCAAGAGUGGACGGAGAGAGAGAGAAAACAAAUCUACCCGGUUAACCUUUGAACCGUCUUCCUUUGUCCCCACAAGGAGAAGUCACAAGACAAACUCCCGUAUCAUUUCACGAAUGACAGUCCAAACGAAACUACACGCUCAGACCACAGCAAUAAGGAAGACUCACACAUCAUGUCCUCUGUCUAUUUCAGUCCAGGGUCGGAUUCAGGUGUAAAUGGAAAUAUUGCAAAGAUGGAGGAUGCUAAAGUUGAGAUUGACGAUGGAAAGGAUGAAAGUGUGGUCCCAGACACAAUGUAUCACAAUAUCCGGAAGAAGAUAGCACCUUUUGUUAUGUCCUUUGGAUUUCGUAUAUUUGGCGUGAUACUGAUCCUCGUGGACUUUGUGCUGGUGAUUGUGGACUUAUCCCUGCCCGCCAAGAGCAGAGAGGUUGGAGAUGCCUUGGAGGCCGUCUCCCUCACCAUCUCCUUCUUCUUUCUCGCUGACGUUCUCGUGCGGGUCUACGUGGAGGGGUUCAAAGUGUACUUCAGCUCCAAGCUGAACAUCGUAGACGCUUGUGUUGUGGUAAUCACGCUGGUGGUCACCAUGAUCUACACCUUCACUGACCUGUCAGGAGCCAGCCUCAUCCCCAGGGUGGUGACAUUUCUCCGUUUCCUGAGAAUAAUAAUCCUGGUGAGGGUUUUCAGACUGGCCGCUCAGAGCAAAGAGCUGGAGAAGGUCACCAGGAGGAUGGUUUCUGAGAACAAGCGGCGUUAUCAAAAGGAUGGCUUUGACCUCGACCUUACCUAUGUCACAGACCGCGUCAUCGCCAUGUCUUUCCCCUCCUCUGGGAAGCAGUCAUUCUACAGGAAUCCAAUCAGGGAGGUGGCGAGGUUCCUAGACACUAAACAUGAAGGCCACUAUAAAGUUUACAACCUAUGCAGUGAGAAAGGCUACGACCCCCAGUUCUUCCACUACAAGGUUGAACGGGUGUUCAUUGAUGACCACAACGUCCCCUCGUUGGAGGACAUGUUGAAAUACACUGCAAAUGUGAGGGAGUGGAUGUCUGCUGAUCCCAAAAACAUCAUUGCUAUUCACUGUAAAGGAGGGAAAGGUCGCACAGGUACUAUGGUGUGCACCUGGUUUAUUGACGGUGACCAGUUUGAGAGUGCAAAGGACAGUCUGGAGUAUUUUGGUGAGAGGAGGACGGACAAGAGUCAGAGCUCCAAGUUUCAGGGAGUGGAGACGCCCUCUCAGAGCCGGUACGUGGGCUACUACGAGACCAUGAAGACCAAGUUCAACAGACAGCUGCCUCCACCUAAAAGCCUCACGAUCAAGAGCAUCCGCAUCCACUCCAUAGCAGGUGUGGGUAAAGGUGACGGCAGUGAUCUCAAGGUUAAGAUAAUUGUGAAGAAAGAGCUGGUAUUUCAGUGUGUGUGCGCCAAACAGGACAACUGCACAGUAUUUCCUGAUGUGGGCAAUAAUGAAGCAAUCAUCAGCCUACAGAAUGGGCCUGUGGUUGAAGGGGAUGUGAAAGUCAUGUUUGAGUCCAGUGCUGGUCUUCCAAAAGGAUACGAAGAUGUUCCGUUCUACUUCUGGUUCAAUACGUCUUUCAUAGAGGACAACAAGCUGUUUCUUCCCAGAGAAGAGCUGGACAACCCACAUAAACCGAGGAUGUGGGACCUGUACAAGGAGGACUUUGGUGUCACCAUGCUCUUCUCCGAACCAUAAUAAAAGCCCUUUGCAAAGAUGAGCAGCAUUAAAUGAAUGAGUUCAUAGAAAAGCCUAAAACUACUAAUGUUCAAAUGUUGGAUGAUCUUGAGGGUAGCGCAGUCCUCCACUGAAUCAAAUCUUGUAGACUGCAGUGUUGCUCUGAUGAGUCGUGGCACUUAAACUGAAAUGUAUAAUAGAGGGGUAUGUGGAAAAAUUACCAUUAAAUGUCUUACAGUGAAUCUGUUUGUGGUUAUUGUGGGUGUUCUAAAAUCAGAAAAACACUUGCACCUGAUGAAAUCAUGCUUAUAGGUUGUGCUGCAUUUCUUUGACAGUCAUUUAUUGAGUCUGGAACUACUUCCCAGUGUAAUUAAUCCCUUCUGAGUGAUUUAGUUGAUUUUAAACUAGCUAUUUCUCGAAUGCACCAUGUCUAGCUACUACUGAAUGCAGUGGUUUUAGUGAAGACAAUCGGAUGAAAAUGUUCUGAGUGAGGCAACAGUGGAAACCACAACAGUUACACACAGGAGACACCUACACAUUUCCUUCAGAGUACAUCCACACUACUCAGUUUCUAUUUGGAUACGGCGUUUUCAAAUAAACGAUCUCCGUCCACACGGGUGUUUCAGCAUCGUUUUCAGAUUGAUCUGCAGCCAUACGGCAACCUUCGAAAACGGAUAUCACGUGAACAUUAACGUACACUGGGCAUGC